AAAAAGAAGACACCAACUGUACAGGUAUUUCAUAUACCUCAGUAUUAAUACAGGUUGAGCACUUUAACCGAGAUGGCUGACGUCAGACAGCAGCUACUUUCCAUCGAGCAGAAAUAUAAACGUUUUAAACAACAACAGUUUAUCUUUAUAAAUGCUCUGGAGCGCUCAAGGGAACAUGCAAGGGACAGAACAGAGCCUGUCUCCACCGUAAAACAGGUCCAAAAGUACAUGAAUCACCAUUGCAGCAAUUCCACAGACAGGAGCAUCUUCUUACUCUUUCUAGAAAUUAUUUCUGAUCUUGGAGGUGUUUUAAAACAACUGGAGUCUUCAGUGUCCAGCAGAAACACUUCAUGUGAGGGAUUGGAGACCUGCAAAGAGCUCCUGAACCCCAGCAGUAACAUCAGUCAGCAAAGGGCACACUAUCCACACAAUGUGAUCAACCGGCUAAGCUGUGAUGAAGCAAGAAAUUUCUAUGGUGGGAUCGUGAGCAUUAUUCCACUGACUUUGGACCUUCUCGCUGCCUACAGCAGAGGAAGUGGAAAACAUCCAAGUUCAGCAUCUACAAAAACACCAAAUCAAACAUUGACAAAGAAUGUUGGGACCGGGAUGGAUGUAAGCCUUGACAAAGACACCAGUAAGUACCAGAGAAGAUAUAAAAAAGGAUCUGGUGGUUGGCAUGCAGGAAAACCAGCCUGGAAGCCACCCGGUAACACAAGGAGAUAAAACACUUGAUGUUUACAGAUGUUUUGUUCUGAGUUCCUACACCUAGUAUUAUAAAACUCACAAUGGGCUAU